AUGGAAUUGAUACAGAAAAUUCUGGACUUGGACGUUCCAUAUGCACCAAAGCUGUCGCCAGACGGAAAGCGAGUCGUUUACCAAACAUCACUCAAGUGGCACCACCGCAAGGGAGAUAACAAUGUCGCACCGCUAUGGCUAGCAGAGACUGGGGUGGAGAGGUCCGCCCGCAAGCUCACCGAUGGAACGUUCAAUGAUCGCAUGCCGCAGUGGUCUCCCGACGGCGAGUCGAUUGUCUUCAUCUCCGAUCGUGCGAAACCAGGCAAGGCGUGCGCGCUCUACCUCUGGGACUUGAGGAACGACAUCUCCCAGGUGAAGGCUCUUACCCCAGAGGAGAACGAAGUGCGCCUGGUUCAAUUCGCAUUUAGUCCAGAUGGGCGGUACAUUGCGUUUGUUGCACCCCCCGAGAAGUCACCGGAGAAAAAGGCCAAAGAGAAAUCAAAGGAUGAUGCUCAUGUUUGGGGACAGGAUUGGCAGUUCUCUGUUCUUCACCUACUCCACAUGGAAAAGGGGACAAUAGAAACAAUCUCAUCUACCGACGUCGACGUGGCAGGUUUCGCGUGGAGCGAUGUCAGUACAGAAGUCGCCAUUGUCACACAUCGAACCCCGGAUAUCGAGAGCGCAGACCUAUAUGGCACCGAUAUAUCGAUCAUCAAAAUUGAAGAUCGUGAAACGCACAAAGUCUGCCAUGUCCCUCGGGACGCUUCUGACCUCACAUGGCUGAACUCAACUUUGUACUUUCGGACAUGUAAUAUCCUUCAUGAAAACACGUCCGGAUGGGCUCUCUAUUCGAUCGACGCGAACGGCGGGUCUAGAGACAUUAGUAAGGUAGCGAAUGGUGUUAAUGACUGCGCAGCCGGGGUUAGUAAGAUUGUCGAUGACUUGAUCGUCUAUGUUCAAAAUGGAAUGCAGGACGAAUUACGACUGCUCGAUGGCAAGAUCCUUCUCAUCCUCAUGGCGAAAGGACACAGCUCUCAAGCCAUGGCGACGGAUUUGAAUCAGAUGGACCUAGUCAAUGCACCUUUCUUGAAUGUCAAACUUUAG